AUGUGCUACAUACUGUAUACUCUACAUAUCUGCGGUCAUUGGAUUCCCCAGCCGACUCCCGGCAAUGCGGGAAACGGACCAGUACUGAGGAUAUGCAAAGAAAGUGAGACGAUGAGAUUGGGACGGCCGUGUCCCGAUACCGAACACAAGGUUGCCAACAGAAGCCAGGGAAUGUGUGACCCAUGCCUAUGGAAGCGGGUCAAGGAAUAA